UUUCUAACAGGUACUGUUGGCAAAGCUCCCCUCAUCCCAUGGCGUGCAAGAGGCCAAAAAAUGGAAUUUUCCGGGUGUCCUAGCCCUCCACUUGCGCACCGCGCGUUCGCCGCAGCGCCUCAGGGCCCACCUCCGCGGCAGGCGGAGUGACACGGCCGCCUGGGAAGGUGCACGGCCGAUCCUCUCUAGCCCCGACGGCGGUGCUCGGAGGGGAAGCCUCAACGGCUCCGGCCUGCAGCGCCCCGCUACCUAUUUUCCUCGGUGCCCCCUGCCUCCCUCUACUGUGGUAGGCUCGCCCUUAGGGACAAGGCGGGCUGCGGGCGCGGGACAACCCUCCCUCCACCGGGCUCCCACACCCGCUCCCGCUCCGUGGCGCCGGAAGUGACGCGCAUUGGGCUGAAAGAUGGCGGCAUUGGCAUUAGACCAGGGGGAAGGACUGCUUCUGAAGGGGCCUCAAGCUCUCACGCUCGCCCCGCGCCGGAGCGCUCCGGCCCGGCCAGGGAGCGGCCCCUUGUAGAGGUCCAAGGAGCCUACCGAGGUCCGUCCCGGCGCCCGACCCUCCCACCGUUCGGCCCACUGGCCCGCUUCUUCCUGAUGCAGAGUGCCGUCCACUAGAGGCUGGACAGGACCCCCGAGGUGAUUCAUGGCAGGGGACGUGGAAGGUUUCUGUUCCUCCAUCCAUGACACCAGUGUCUCUGCUGGGUUCAGAGCACUGUAUGAGGAGGGAUUGCUUCUCGAUGUCACUCUGGUUAUUGAAGACCAUCAGUUCCAGGCCCAUAAAGCACUCUUGGCCACCCAGAGUGAUUACUUCAGAAUUAUGUUCACAGCAGACAUGAGGGAACGAGAUCAGGACAAAAUUCACCUGAAAGGUCUAACAGCUACCGGUUUCAGCCACGUUCUUCAGUUUAUGUAUUAUGGAACUAUAGAACUGAGUAUGAAUACUGUUCAUGAAAUCCUUCAGGCGGCUAUGUAUGUUCAGCUUAUAGAAGUGGUGAAGUUCUGCUGUUCUUUUCUUUUAGCCAAAAUCUGCUUAGAAAAUUGUGCAGAAAUUAUGAGACUCUUAGAUGAUUUCGGUGUUAACAUCGAGGGAGUCAGGGAGAAGCUGGACGCCUUUCUGCUAGACAACUUUGUGCCACUCAUGUCCAGGCCUGACUUCCUGUCCUAUUUGAGCUUUGAGAAGCUCAUGUCUUAUCUGGAUAAUGAUCAUCUGAGCAGAUUUCCAGAAAUAGAGCUGUACGAGGCUGUGCAGUCUUGGCUGCGACAUGAUAGACGACGAUGGAGACAUACAGAUACCAUCAUUCAGAACAUCAGGUUUUGUUUGAUGACUCCAUCCAGCGUUUUUGAGAAGGUUAAAACAUCAGAAUUUUAUAGAUACUCUCGACAGCUGCGCUAUGAAGUUGACCAAGCAUUGAAUUACUUCCAGAAUGUUCACCAGCAGCCCUUGCUAGACAUGAAAUCAAGCCGUAUUCGUUCUGCCAAACCUCAAACUACAGUAUUCCGAGGAAUGAUUGGACAUAGCAUGGUUAAUAGUAAAAUACUUCUUCUAAAGAAACCAAGAGUCUGGUGGGAACUGGAGGGACCCCAAGUACCUCUCAGGCCCGACUGUCUUGCUAUUGUCAAUAAUUUUGUAUUCCUGUUAGGGGGAGAAGAACUAGGCCCAGAUGGCGAAUUCCAUGCCUCUUCGAAAGUGUUCAGGUAUGAUCCAAGACAAAAUUCUUGGCUGCGCAUGGCAGACAUGUCUGUACCCCGUUCAGAAUUUGCUGUUGGUGUUAUUGGGAAGUUUAUUUAUGCUGUGGCAGGCAGAACAAGAGAUGAGACUUUCUACUCAACAGAGAGAUAUGAUAUCACUAAUGAUAAAUGGGAAUUUGUAGAUCCUUAUCCAGUUAACAAAUACGGACAUGAGGGGACAGUGCUCAAUAACAAGUUGUUUAUCACUGGAGGAAUCACUUCAUCUUCCACAUCUAAACAAGUAUGUGUGUUUGACCCCAGUAAAGAAGGGACCAUAGAACAGCGGACCAGGAGAACUCAAGUAGUCACCAACUGCUGGGAGAAUAAGAGCAAGAUGAAUUAUGCCAGAUGCUUUCACAAGAUGAUAUCUUACAAUGGCAAGCUUUAUGUCUUCGGUGGUGUCUGCGUGAUCUUGAGGGCCUCUUUUGAAUCUCAGGGCUGCCCUUCCACAGAGGUGUACAACCCAGAUACUGAUCAGUGGACCAUCUUGGCAUCCAUGCCAAUUGGUAGAAGUGGCCAUGGUGUGACUGUGCUGGACAAACAGAUAAUGGUCCUUGGAGGCCUUUGUUACAAUGGUCAUUACAGUGAUUCCAUUCUCACCUUUGACCCAGAUGAAAAUAAGUGGAAGGAAGAUGAGUACCCUCGGAUGCCCUGCAAGCUGGAUGGUUUACAAGUGUGCAACCUACACUUUCCGGACUAUGUACUGGAUGAGGUUAGGCGUUGCAACUGACGGUAUCUUUCUCCCAUAAAAAAAACAAGGCAAAUAAAGCAUUUGUGAUAAAGUAGUUUAAAACAUAAAGAAAAACCUCACCAGUUUUACUAUCAAAGCCAUUGGUCGAAUAUUGUAAGUUUUCAUUCUGUGCUAGCAUCUUUCUUUUCCUUUCAGUGGCCUCAAACUCAUGCAAUAAGUUCCUUUAAAGCGCUAGCUCUUGAAAGUACUUCCAGAAGCAGUUUAUUCACUGCUCCACUUACCUGGGAAGUUGAUUUUCUGCUUUAAACAUUUCUUUCAGAUGUUAGUGUAGGAUUUGUGCAUCUUCCAAGAGAAGACCCAGUAAGUGUCACUGGAUGUGAUUUCAGUCCCUCUCUAUCUGAACUCUUUUGGACAUUAUUUUAGUCUGCUAUAUGUUUUGGUUUAUUAGUUAAAAGUUUAAAACUCUUGACCUUUUUGCAUGGCUUUUUGCUGAAAAUGCAAAAAUUUAAAUUUUCUACAAAAGUUUUUUAUAUCAGAACACUAUUUCUAAGCUGCCUUCUCUUAUCUGCAUUGUGUUAGUGAAAGCAUAUCCAUACUCACAUCCAUCCUAUAAAUAUAUAAGACACAUCCUUUUAUGCGUGGUUAGGAGUCUAUAUUUUUAAGCUAGUGCACUUGCACAUACAGUUCGCCAUACUUGUUGAAAUUUAGAUGUAAUGUCUUUAAUGUAUUAAUGUUUUUAGAAAGUUAAAAUAACUGGAGUCCUCAUUCAGUAUCAAAAUAGUCUAUCUUCAGUCCAUACUGGUUCAGUAAAAUUUAAAUUAAUAUUUCUGAAACAUGUAUGGAUUUAAAAAAACUAGUAUUUUACAUUUUGUUUUCAAAACUAAAGAUUAAUAUUUCAUAUCAAUGGAUGUUUUUUCUUGUUUGAAAAUAUUUUUCUUUGCAGUCUGCUUAAUGGUGGUUACCCUGUUUUAGUGAGAAUCAGAGUGGCCUGUGUCAAGCUCUGACCCUGCAGCAUGCAAGCACUUUUAAAGAAAAGUUAAGUAAUACCAGACUCCUAAGUAAAAGCCCCUUAAAAGUAAGUGCAACUCCCAUUGUUUCUAUUCAGUAAGACUGCUGCAGGUGAUGAAUGUGGAGCAGCAACUCUUACACAGUUUGAACUCAGUUCUGACUGAGAGAUGAGAAAUUAGUUAUAAUGUUAUAUCUGCUUGAUCAGUUUGUACAAAAUAGUCAGUGGCACUAGAGAGAUAGAUCAACCCUCAGCGUCUUUUUAGUUUCUGGAAGCUACUAGCAUGAAGGAUAGUCACCAGAAAGUUUGGAAUGAUUUUUGAAUAGCUGUUUUAAAGGCAUUUAUAAUAAAUAGUUUAGGAUCAACUGCACAUUUCAACUCUUCAAAUGCGAAGGAAAGAAAUAUAGCUGACAAAAUUAAGAGUGAUCUGUGAGUGGAUCAUUCAAACUGAUGCCAUUUUCUCAUGAGCAGUCUGUAGCUGAUUAAAUCUUAUACUGGCAUAGCUUGCCAGAUCUGUGGAUUUUGGUGCAAUAUUGCAAUGCCUUUUAUAUGGCUGCUGUUGUAUAAAUUUUUGUAGUUACUUUGUUUUGUUUUAUUUUUGCUGCUGGCACUAUUGAACAUAAAAUGGAAGUGUGAAGUCA